AUGGUCCGCUUCAUGGACAAACAAGACGAGCGCGACCACCGCGGCCGCCGUUCCUCCUCUCCAACCCGCUCUCACCACUCCGGUCGAGACAGGGAUUACUCACCCGAUUUCAUCUCCGGCCCCGGCCGGGUUCCCCGUCCAUACGCCAGCGGCGCCAUCCCAUCAACAGCAACAGCACAUCAACCACCACCACCUGUUCCCUCCCCACCACUUUCUCCCCCUAUCCCUAGCCGCACCGGAGGGACUGGGCCUGGGUACGCCUACGACGACGACCGAGAUCGAGACCACAGAAAUGGCGCUCCGCUCCGAGGGAGAGAUCGCUCUUGGGAGCGUGGCUCCGGCACUGGCACCGGUCCCCACUCCGCAGCGCGAUCCAACAUCAGCGUCAGCAGAAGCAGAAGCCGAUCCCGCGGCCCAACCCUAGCAUCAGCCUCAGCCCCAGCCCCAGCCCCCGGGACCCGCGAGCGACACAUCGUCCGCGAAACGAAAAUCUACGGCGGCCCGGAACUUCGUGACCCCGAGCGAGCUGCUCAAGCCCUCGCCGUCUCCGAUAAUGCCCGCCGGGCGCGCUCUCCCAGCCGGGACAGCCGUGUCAGCCGAGACCUCUCCCGCUCGCGUUCCCGUUCUCGCGGUGGCGCUCGCAGCAUCUACACCACCGACGAAUACGACUCCGACUACCCCCGUCGGCGGCGCUCCUCCCCUUCCCGCUCCACCCGCUCAAGACGUUCUCCCUCCCGCUCUCGCUCCAGACGUUCCCCUUCGCCCCCACUCCGCAACAAAGCAAAAGACCUCUUCUCCCCCUCCACCGCUGCUUUGGGUGUAGGCGUCCUAGGCGCCAUCGUCGGUGGGUUAGCUGCUCGGGAAGCAACCGAACACGCAGUCAGCCAUAAAUCUAAAUCCCACGGCGGGCACAGCUCAAGAAGCAGGAAAGAAGAAGAAAGGGAGCGCAAAGCAGCGCUGAUAUCGACCAUCGUCGGCGCAGCGGUGGGUGGCUUGGGAGCGAAUGUGAUUGAGAAGAAGUUUGAAGAAAAGAAGAGGGUGGAACAGGAAGAACGGAGGGCGAGGGAACGGGGAGGGUAUCGCGAGCUGAGAGAUAGGGGUGGGGAUGGGGAUGGGUUUGAUAGGGAUAGAAGGAGUAGGAGUCGACAUGGUGGAAGUAGUAUUGAUACGCCGGCGUAUUCGGAUGAUGAAGGGGGGUAUUAUGGGAGUAAUACCGGUAGUGCGUAUGGGACGAGUACGAGGAGGGGAGGGGGGACGACGGUUAGGGGAGGAGGACGUUGA